AAAGUAACACGUUCUUUUUAGCAUGCGUUUUUUAUGAUUAUUGUAUUUUAUUCGAGUUUAUCAUCCCACUUUUCUGUGCAUCUUAUGAGGAAAUGAACAAUAAGGACUUUUGGACAUUUGUUUAUAAUAAAUCUUUUGUAAAAUUUAAAUAACAUGGAGGAUAAUUUGUCUAGUUGUUAUAAUUUCAGUGAGGAAGACAACGACAGUGAAUUGGAAUCAAGAUUAUAUGCAAACAUCUAUUACGUCCCAGCGGAAACGAAGGAGAAAGAAACGAAAGAAAAACCUAAGGAACAUAAGGAAAGUAAAGAAAUGGAAAGCAAAUACGAUACCCUUGAUAAAACAGAAAAAAUGAAGUUACAAAAUGCUGAGUAUUGCCAAAAAAAGAGAAAAGCUGAGAUUGAUUCUGAUUCGGAUGAAUCUAUAUUAGAAUUACCUGUUCCUCCUAAACCCCAGCCACCUGUUAUUAACUUAAAUGAUUCUGAUGAAGAGAACGUAGCGAUUGGUAAGAAGAAAAUGAAGAAAAAAAGAAAGAAAAAAACGUCUUCUAAUCAUUCAGAUUUAUGUACGAGUAAUUUGAAAGAUAAAGUGAAAAAAACAUCAUCCAAAUCGCAAUCUCAAUUAAUAUCUUUAAACGACUCAGAAAUUUCAAUCGAGACAGAGGACAUUGUUUUAAAUUGUACAGAAGUAUCUAAAGGUGCUUCUAAUAUUAAUGAAAUUAGAGAAAUGAAAAAAAGUGCUCAGAAGAAACAAGAUUUAACAGAGGAAGUAAAUUCAAAUAAAGUUAAUAAUAAAAAAAAUAAGUCUGGAAAGAAAACUGUUGAUUCGAACAAUGAACAACAUUUGGGUAAUAAAAGCAAUAAAAGCAAUGUAGAUAAAGACUUUGUUAAAGAACAAAAUAAUACAUUUAUAUCCUCGCGUUCUACAAAAAAUAUACAAAAUGAUACAACCACAACUAAUUUAGCAAAUACAAGUAUAGAUUUUACGGAAGAUAUAUUGCUUGAUGAUGAAUUUAUUAUGUCGGAGAAUAUAUUAAAUCGAAAUAAUAAAAGACAAUUGGAAAAUGAAAAUGUAGAAAUUAUUGGCAAUGUUAAACGAAAAAAAGGUAGUGACAAAUUUUCUAAAAAUCAAGGAAGUACAAGCAGUACUACUAAUAAGGAGCAAGAGAAUAAAAAUAAAUCUGAUAACAAUUCCUUCUUUCAACCUAUGUCUAAAAAGUUAAAAGAUUUUUAUGAUAAUACUCGUGGUCAAGAGAACUUUGAUGUUAAAGAAAUACAAAAAAAAAUGCCCAAAGAUCCACGACUAUGGGCUAUUUUAGAUGAUGAUUUGUUAUUAAAACCCAAGAAUUUAAGAUGGAAAUUGAGAUGUACUUACUGCCAUCAAAGUGGUCAUUUAAGAUCUCAUUGCAAAGAAGUAAAAAAAUCAACUAUAUGUUAUAUAUGUGGUCUUGACGGUCAUAAAGGAUCACGGUGUAAACAUAGAUUUUGUCUCACGUGCGGUAGAAAACAAGACACAUUCAGACCAACUUGCGAAACCUGCAGAACGCUUUAUUGUAAAAUGUGUUCUGCAGUAGGUCAUGUGCAUACCGAUUGUCCAGAUCUUUGGAGAAGAUAUCAUCAAACGACAACUACAGGUCAAAUAAGUAUUCCUUUCAACACAUUUGGCGUGAUGAAGCCUGCCAAUCGUCUAUUUUGCUGUAACUGUACAAAACAAGGUCAUGAUUCGUCUACAUGUAAAGACUAUAGAUGGUCGCAACAUUUUCCUACACCGUCGUUUGUAUCAAAUUAUACAGAUGGUCCAACUUAUGCCGAUGACAUAAGUAAGGUAAAUAACACUAACACGAUGAACGUAAUCAGUGAAAAGUCUAAUAAAGACAUCAUUACUAAUGUCCAUCUCUCGGACAAUCUUUUACCAUUUCCUAAAGAAUUAAUAAAAAAGAAAAUUAGCCAAAAGAAGGCAUUUACAGAAAAUAUGUGGGAAGAAAAUAAUAAUAUUGCUUUUAUCAUAUAUGAGUAUGGUUAUUUUCAUACGAUAGAAAAUGACGGAAUGGAAAUAAAAUAUACUAUAACCACAAGAAAAGGUUUCAAUACAUACAACAUAAUGGAAUGUAAAGUUGUUCCAUAUUUUGUAGAAAAGUUGCAAAAUCUAUUUAUGUUUCAUGUGAAAAUAUAUAAAAUAAUAAAUUCAAGUAAUGAAAUAGUUUUGCGCGUCAGAACAUUUGCUCAUUUAAUAAAUGAUUUGUGCAGACUUAUUUUAUAUUGGCUGAGUCUUGAUGAUGAUGAAAAGAAUUACGUAAUGUUUAUGGAUUUACCAUUACGACGAAUAGAUUUGAUCAAUUUUUUGGAAUCAAAAAUAAGUAAAUUACGAAAAGAAACGGGUGAUGCUGUUGGACUAUAUAAUACCAUAAAUUUGAUGAAAAAUGAAUUAUAUAACACAAGAAAUGAAAAUAAAUGUGAACAUUUGAUGAAUCGUUUACAAGUGACACAGACAAAAUUACUUUCGAUAUUGAAUAAUCAUCCUGAUUUAGAGACAGUUCUUGAAGAAAUUUACGAAUUAUUAAAAUUUUUAAAACGCUUAACAGGUAUGGAUGUACCUCUUCAGGCAUAUCUUCAAAUUCUAACAGCUUAUAAUUUUGUAUUUGUACCUCACACUCCACCAAAAUCUUUUAUAAAUAAGUAUGGUAAAUAUUCAAGUCCAAAGGCAAAUAGAAAUACACGUAAGGGUAAUGCUAAGACUAAUUCUUCCGAAAGAAAAAUUCCAUUUUGGUCAGAUUUAAACAUGCACAAUCAAAUGAACCAACCAUUUGUUAACAUCUUACCAAAUAAUCCUGAUUACCAAACAAGUCAAGGAUGUAAUAGUAAUAAUCUAACAGUUUGUAAUCCUGUUCAAGAUGAACCAAAUGAUAAAACAAAUAUGAAUGAUUUUAUACAUUUAGAUAAUUCAGCAACAACAUAUAGUCACAUGAUAUAUAAUGACUCAAUUGAAAAUACUAACAGAAUGGAGGGGAAUAAUAUCCCUCAGAAUUACAGAAAUUCAGAAAAUAAUUACGUGCCAGAACCGACUGUAGUUCCAAAUAUAUGUUACAACGAUAAUAAUGCUUCAGAUAGAAAUACAAUUGAUUAUAAUUUGCCAUCUACGUCGUACGAUUUAUAUCCAAAAGAUAACACUACUGAUAAAUAUACUAAUAUUACCGUUAAUAUGUCAAAUAAAAAUGAAGCUAACGAAACUUCUGGCAAUCGUGAAUUAAAUAUGAAUAAUUCGAAAAUUGACGAUUAUCAAAAUAAUGAUAAAUGUACAAAUAUCGUUGUUAGUGUAUCUAAUAAGGAUCAAAUUCUUCGUACGGGUAAUAAUAUUGAAAAUGAGAAAGAACACAAAAAAAAUAAUAAAUAUACUAAUAUUACUGUUAGUAUAUCUAAUAAAGAUCAGAUUCCUAAUGCUACCUGUUCAUCAUCAAAUGUAAAUAAUUUUACAAAUGAUAUCAGUCAAAGUACUGAAGUUAAUUAUCCAGAAAAUAAUCAAUUGAACGAUGAAAAUAACUUAGUGUGCAUAGAGAUAAAUAAAAAUGCACAGAAUCAAAUAGAAACAAAGUCUUCAAGAGAAGACAUCAAAAAUAAGAAUAAAGUCAGAAGAGCUAAUAAAGCUAAUAAAAAAAAAGGAAAGAAUAAGGAAAAAGCAAAGCAUGAUGUUACAACUAGAAAGGACAAAGGGACACUUAACAGAUUAAAAAAAUUGAACGUUAUUAUUCAGCGAGAAUUAAGUAAGUGCGUAUCAAAUAAUCCUAACCAUUGGCAAAUAUUUGUGAAUAAGAUUGAAAGGAUGGUCAGAAAGUGUCAAGUAUCACAUAUUACAAAAGCUUUAAACGUUUCGAAAGAAAAAAUUAAAGAAAACUUUUCAGUAAGAAAGAGUAUUUGUAUGCUUCAAAGAAUCGUAAAUAUGGAGAUUCUACAUAAGCAAGAAGUAAACAAUUUGUACAAUGGAUUUGAUAAUGCUUCGAAUCAAAUGUAAAAAUAUGCUAUUAGCAUAAUAAUAUUAAUAUAUUUCAUGUUAAUAAUAAGUUGAAU